CGGGCUCAUAACCCGGAGGUCCCUGGAUCGAAACCAGGACAUGCUAAUUGUUUUUUUCAUUUUUUUUUCUUUCCUCCCCUCAUCAUAUCCUGUGAACCUACACCUAUGGGUACAGAGUCUCCUUUGAAGACCCAUACUACUACUACUACUAUUAUUAUUAUUGAUGUGGUUGCGCUACUAAAAGAAUUGAUUCUCCUUGUGUGGCAAUAGCAAUCUCGGCCACCCGAGCUACAAUACACUGAAUAUGGUGAACGACCACCACUGAAUGCUGGGACAGAGGGACACUAUAGCCAAAGAUCAAUACCAUUGCUCACGAGCUAUACAACGUUUGCCAUUACCUAUCAUAAGAAGUAUCUCGAAAGCAGUCCAUUUGUGCCUGUGUCGAAGGCGGUGUGCAGCUUACUGUAUCAGACAUUUGAUCUCUCUGAUUCUUACAUUAACUCAAAGAUGCUCGUACAACUACAGGAUACCCCAUGCCUCCUAUAGGAACCCCCUCUCCGUUUCGCCUACCGUCGCAACGUCCCCGCUCCGCUUCCGCGCGAGGAGCAGGGCUGGCAUUCCGCUCUCCGGCCUCCUCCAGUGCGGGACGACAGUUUGCAUCGACUCCUAGAUUUGUUCUUCCAGGGAGUACUCCUAGUCGAUUCAGUAGAGAUGAAAUCUACAGUAGUGAUGAGGAAGAACCUUCAUCCCCCGUGGCUCGUCCGCGACGCGAACUAGGAUCCAAUACAGCGCCAUCAUCCUCUCGGCAAAAAGAUGCUAUAGAAGACUCAGAAGAGGAAGACGCGAAUCCAUCAAACUCUCCAGGUUCUGGCGCCCAGCAUGACGUCCCUGACUCACAUCCCCGUGACGGGGAAAGAGAUCUAGUCGCGGAAUUCGAUGAGAUAUUCCCGCCUACUCCGAACCGGGUCAAGAGACGUCGUGUCUCUGCUGAUCCGGAGGUAUUCUCUUCCUAUCGUCGACGCUCUCACCUGGACCCUAUACACUCAUCUCCUUCUGAGCCUCCUUCGCCUUCCGAAGCGCGGAAUGGAUCCCCUCGGCCAAGUGCGCUUCCUAGAGCGACAGCACCAAUAGCUACGCCAGCACCUCGACUGAGUCUUUCUGCUACGACUGAAACAUCAAGACCUGGCAUUUCUAUAGCCGCAAAGACUCCAUUUCGAGCCCCCCCUCGUUCUCUAUUUAGCGCGUCUCAGUCCGUAUCGCGCCCUUCUCCGCAGAUACGAUUCGGGUCCAGCACGCCAGCACCUCAGUCUCCCCGGCAGAGAAAGAAACCAGCAUUCGUACUGCCGCGCUCACCGUCCCCGUCAUACCAAACUGACGAUCAUUCUAUCCCAACACCCUUUUCGCCAUCCUCACGCUCUUUGGGACGGGGAAGGCCGCGGUCUAAUACUCCAAGCUAUGUACCUGGUGGUAUGGCUACUCAAGUGCGGAGCUGGAUUCUGGAGACUGCAGCAACCGGGGAGCAUAAUAGAAGGACUAUGUCGAACUCCGCACAGACACAUGUUUCACCAGAACAGAAGAAAUUCCUUCUAACAGCAGAGGUUAUUAAUGCUAGCCAAGGAACGCUGGCCUCGGGGCCCUUUACCCUUGUCAAGGGACAUUCUGCAGAAAUACAGCCACUGCAGCCUAGUCAAUACUCCUCGUCGCAGGAUAGGAAUCUGCUCCUAGUUGGGCCACCGCAGUCGAAGUCUACAGGGUUCGGACCGUCUACGGCUUCGGAGCAGACGCCUAAACUCAGCAAGAAUAACGUAGUCGGUGUUCACCAUGGUCUUCUAUGGGAAGUCGAGCUUGGAUUUGAGGAUACGGUGCGUGGUUUAGACAGUCGACCCGGCGAGGCGACGGCAGCACAGAAUAAAGAGAAAUGGCUGGUUGGCUUGGAAUGGGAAAUAUUACGAUAAAUUAUAUGAUACUGUGAACGAUGAUAAUUCGCUGUAAUAUAUUCUAGUUCCACGGUUGACUAGAUGAUCGUCGCUAUAAAAAGAAAUAGAGACACCCAAACGUGGAAAAGGCACAGACCUUGUAUCAUUACAG